CGCCUCUUUUAAGCUGCACGUUUCACUCUUCGGUCUUUGACAACUUUGGUAAAAUGGCUGCACUGAUCAGGAGGAUCAUCACUACAGCUAAAGCCCCGGCUGCGAUCGGCCCAUACAGCCAAGCAGUGCUGGUUGAUCGGACCAUGUUCGUAUCGGGGCAGCUGGGGAUGGAUCCUGCCAGUGGACAGCUGGUGGCAGGUGGAGUUCAGGCCCAGACCAGACAGGCUCUUGUGAACAUGGGUGAAAUUCUUAAAGCUGCUGGUUGCGGCUAUGAGAACGUUGUCAAAACCACCGUACUGUUAGCCGACAUGAACGACUUUGUAAAUGUUAAUGAUGUUUACAAGCAGUUUUUCAGUACCAACUUCCCAGCCCGAGCCGCCUAUCAGGUAGCGGCACUUCCCAGAGGUGGACUGGUGGAGAUUGAAGCAGUCGCUGUUUUGGGCCCUCUGAACGAUACUUCUUAAAAAACACAUCGAUGAAACAAUAAAAACAACACAGUAGCAGUUUGUGAUGUUUUGGGACCAAGGAAAGAGCUGAUCAAAUAAACCCUAUGUUCAGAACCGUCAACAUUUAUUGGUUCCUCCUGGUAAUGAUGUAUAAAAGGCCUUGAAAUGAAUGAAUCUUUUAUUUCAGUAACGUCAGUAGAAACUUGCCACUAAUGACAUCUGGAGACAUCACAUUGUCUCCAGACACUGUGACUUAACAUCCUCCUCAAUGGCAACAUAAACUGAGGUCCUUUCAUGGUCUUGUUUGUUUGUCCCAGUGUUAACCUAUUGUAUGUUUGUAGGUAUGGAGGCAGGUAGCUAGCUGGGUAUCUUGCUAUCUGGCUAUCGAGCUGGGUAUCUUGCUACCUGGCUAUCUAGCUAUCUUCUGUUAUCUUCCCUGUUUUGAAGAGAGGCAAAGAGAAUUAGGUCUCUGAGUCACUUAAUACCAUGUUCAACUUAAAACAGUUAGGUGGGCCUUAAAAAAAUGCACUUACAUUUAUUCCUAAGGAUUUAUUUUUAUUUUUUUGGUAGGAAUAAGGGAUAAUUUUUGUGUUAAUCCGAUUAAAACAAUGGACUUCCAUACUAAAAGUUAGGUUAUCCUAUAGUGACUAAUAUUUCAGGCGUUUUACACCAGAGGUUCCAGUGGAUGUGCAGGGUGUGGUGUAUUAGUCUAGUAAAAGGCCAGUAAGUGAUUUGUUUCUGUUUUCAUGAUGUCGUUGCCUGACAGUCUAGCAUCACCCAAGCUUGAAGCACUUUCACCUCAUUAACAUUGAUGAGACGUCGUGUUUAGAGACAACACUGGAUCUUCAGUUCCUACGGAUCAACUUUCACUUACAAUAGUUGUUAAGCAUCUAACCUUGUCUGUGUGGCUUGAAUUUCACCACCGCCCUUCGUUGUCACCAGUUUUACCCAUGACAUAAUGUAUAUCUUCAUUCAUUAUUGAUGUUCACAUAUAAGUCAGAAAUAAACCCUCCUUGACCGUUCCA